AUGGCAAAAGACCUCCCUGGAGGACAUUUCAACCAAAGAAGGGAUGUUAACUCACAAUCUCUACUAGAAAAUACUUGCAACAAAAAACGUCUGGACCUUGUCUUCAUCAUCGACAGCUCUCGCAGUGUUCGUCCUUACGACUUUGAAAAAGUGAAGGAGUUCAUUUUAACCAUCUUGCAGUUCCUGGACAUCAGUCCUGAUGCCACCCGCGUGGGUCUGAUUCAGUAUGGCAGCACAGUGAAACAUGAGUUCUCGCUGAAGACAUUCAGAAGGAAGCAGGACAUUGAAAGAGCAGUGAAGAGGAUGAUGCACCUGGCAACCGGCACCAUGACGGGACUGGCCAUCCAGUACGCGGUGAACAUUGCAUUUUCAGAGUCAGAAGGAGCUCGACCUCUGAAGCAGAAUGUGCCCCGAAUUAUUAUGAUUGUGACAGAUGGGAGACCUCAGGAUCCAGUGGCAGAGAUUGCCGCCAAAGCACGUAACUCAGGAAUCCUGAUUUUUGCCAUUGGAGUGGGAACAGUAGACAUCAACACGCUGAAGUCCAUUGGGAGUGAGCCGCAUGAAGAGCAUGUGUUUCUCGUUGCUAAUUUCAGUCAGAUUGAAACACUGACCUCUGCCUUCCAGACUAAACUUUGUGUGCCCCAUAUGUGCAGUACAGUUGAGCAUCACUGUGAUCACUUCUGCAUAAAUACCCCUGGCUCCUAUGUAUGCAGAUGUAAACAAGGAUACAUUCUGAAUGCUGACCAGAAGACUUGCAGCACUCAGGACCUCUGUGCUGUGGAGAAACAUGCCUGUGAGCAGAUCUGUGUGAACACACCUGGGUCUUACGUCUGUCAGUGUUAUGAAGGGUAUGAGCUUGAUGCAAAUGGAAAGGAUUGUGUUGUUGUGGACUACUGUGCUUUGGAUAACCAAGGUUGCCAACAUGAAUGUGUUAACACUGAGGGCUCCUAUUACUGUACAUGUCACCCAGGGUUCAUUUUAAACCCAGACAAAAGAACUUGCAGAAGACCAGACUAUUGUGCCCUUCUGGACCACGGCUGUGAACAGGAAUGUGUUAAUACAGAUGAUUCCUAUUUUUGUAGAUGCCAAGAAGGGUUUACACUUAAUCCGGAUAAGAAAACAUGUAAAAAAGUAAACUUCUGUGCUUUAGGUCAGCAUGAGUGUGAACAUGAAUGUGUUAACAUGGAGUCAUCUGUGUGCACAUGUCACCCUUGAUACGCCCAGUGAGAUGAUGGCAAUACGUGUUCCAGAGUGGAUCACUGUGCUGAAAGCAAUCAUGGCUGUGAGCAGCUGUGCCUAAAUACUGGUGACUCCUACAUCUGUCAGUGCUCUGAAGGGUUUGUCAUCAAUGAGGACCUGAAAACCUGCACACGAGUUGACUAUUGUGCUUUGAGUGAUCAUGGCUGUGAACAUUUAUGUGUAAAUGGCGACAGAUCUUACACUUGCCAGUGCUUUGAGGGAUACCGGCUUCGGAACGAUGGGAAAACUUGUAAACAUAAAGACAUUUGCAGUUCAGUUGACCAUGGCUGUGACCAUGUUUGUGUUAAUGCUGAUGAGUCAUACGUUUGCCAGUGUUAUGAGGGAUUUGCACUAAGGGAAGAUGGAAAAACAUGUAGAAAUAAGGACAUCUGCAAAUCAGUCAAUCAUGGCUGUGAACAUCUUUGUGUUAAUAAUGAAGAUUCAUACACUUGCCAAUGCUAUGAUGGAUUUGUACUAAGGCAAGAUGGGAAAACAUGCCGAAAUAAAGAUCUUUGCAAAUCAGUCAACCAUGGCUGUGAACAUGUUUGUGUUAAUACUGGUGAUUCGUAUAUCUGCAAAUGCCAUGAUGGAUUCCUACUGAGAGAAGAUGGGAAAACCUGCAGAAGAUGCACUGAAGGCCCAGUUGACCUAGUGUUUGUGAUUGAUGGAUCAAAAAGUCUCGGGGAGGAUAAUUUUGAAAUUGUAAAACAGUUUGUCUCAGGAAUCUUGGAUUCACUUGAGAUUUCACCCAAAGCUGCUCGAGUUGGUUUGCUUCAGUAUUCCACUGAAGUUCGCACUGAGUUUACACUGAAGCAGUUCAGCUCAGCCAAAGACAUGAAGAAAGCUGUAUCACAAAUGAAAUACAUGGGGCGAGGUUCCAUGACAGGACUGGCUCUGAAGCAAAUGUUUGAGAGAAGCUUCACAGAAACAGAAGGAGCAAGGCCAUUUUCAGCAAAUGUCCCUCGAAUCUCCAUCGUGUUUACGGACGGACGAGCCCAAGAUGAAGUCUCCGAGUGGGCUGCGAGAGCAAAGCGAAGUGGUAUAAUUAUCUAUGCCAUUGGAAUAGGAAAAGCAAUUGAGGAAGAAUUGCUGGAAAUUGCUUCUGAGCCACCAUAUAAACAUCUUUUCUAUGCUGAGGAUUUCACAGCGAUGGAGGACAUAAGUGAAGAUCUAAGAGCCCAAAUCUGUGAAGCCUUGAAAGAGUCAGCUCACCAGCAGGAUUCAUCAUCUGGGAGGCUUCAUAAGACUGGCCCACAGCCUUCAGGACCUGAAUCAACCACAAUAGCCAUCACAGAUGUCAUUGCCUGCCCCAAUCUUGCAAUACACCACCAGUACCUUUUUGAAGACAGUCACACUCACUCAACAAGAACGACAGCAAAAGCUUCAAAAGAUAAAGAAGAGUGUAAAUGUGAAAACCUCAUGACGUUCCAGAACUAUGCAACAAAUGAAGUCAGAAGACUCACGCAGCGAUUGGAAGAAAUGACAAAGAGAAUGGAAGACUUGGAAAACAGGCUAAAAUACUGAUCAGAAGUUUAAGUGUAUACUACACUGUAUAUUUAUACAUACAAACUUGUCAGAGGUAUUUUCUUAAACUGGUUCAAAGUGAAAUAAC